GAUUGGCAUCCGGAAAAUCACAUUUCCUUCAUUAGCCACGCGAAUGAUUCAGACAGAAAAAUUGUGAACCAUCCAGGAGAAGUGACGGUGGGCGAUACUGUGCAGUUUGAGUUCCCAGGAAACGGCUUUCCUUCAGUUACUCAGGCAAGUCUCUCAAAAUAUUGGAACCUUACGAACACGGAAGGUGCAGAGCUAGAUAAACGCCUGAAACUGCCGGAUGGUCACCACAUCGUACAGAAAGGAUAUGAUACCUAUGUUGAUUCAUAUUCUGCUUUUGGUGACAAUAACGGAAAACCACUAAAAGUGCUUGAAGAUCUGCUUCAUAAUGAAGGCAUCGAAGUAGUUCUUAGUGCUGGCCUCGUAUAUGAGAUCUGUGUCCGUCAUACUGCUGAAGACGCAAGUUUACUAGGUUUCUUUAGUGCUAUCGUAACUGACGCCAGCAAAGCACUAACAUCACAUGGGAUCAGAAUCGCUAACGAGAUACUUGCAAUGAGACAGGUCGCCGUGAUGAAUAAGAAGACAGCAGAAGGUGUGAUAGAUCACAAAGAAAUUCCUUUGGUAUGGAUAACUAAGCUCGUUGAAAACAUUGAAAAAGAAUUGUAG